AUGCGUAAACUUGAAGUACUUAGAAAUGUAAAAGUAUUUUGUUUUGAGAAAAUAAAAGCCCGAACAGCAACUGCCGCACUCCCUUCAAUUUCCACAACAAUCUCCUCGUCAUCUACCCGGUGGGUACGAAGACUACAUAGACAAAGGAAUUAUAGAGAGCGAAAUUUGAUAUUUAAUCGAAUGGUACAAGCUGGAGUGAAUAUUAACGAUAAUAGUGGUAGUCAAGAUUCUAACGAUAACGUUUCUUCGACAACCUCUACAACAACUCAAAGAAACACGUCUUCCACAACGAAUUCACAAUUGCAAGACGAUGAUCAAAAUAUACGUUCCCGUAGCAAAGCAGUUUGUAAAUUAAAUUGUACUUAUUGUGAGUCAAGAGUAUGCUUGAGGGGGAUGAAGGCUAUGCUUCUUGCUGAUACAAGGGUCGAGCUUUAUUCUACAGAUGUACCGCCAUUAUCGGUGCAAUUGGUUGGCGAAGAUUAUUUAACACAAAAUUGUCAUUGUAAAAUUCGUGAUGUGGCAUGCCUGACUUGUGGAAAUGUUCUUGGAUAUCAUAUCACUCAACCAUGUCAACAAUGCAUGGACGCCUGUAAUAAUGGACACCUCUGGAUGUUUCAUACGGAGGAAGUCACCAGCGAAGAACGACUGGACUUUAAUGGAAAUACAGUAUUAUUAUGGACACAUCUGUCACAAGCAGAAGGUGUUGAGAAUAUGAAUGCGGGGGAAGAUGAAUACGAAAAUU